AUGAUGGCUGCCGCUCCAAUACUUCUAUACUAUCGAUCCCCAACCGACCUCGUUGCGCCUGGUCAGCGUUACAAUUCCGCUACAUAUCCUUCUGCCAAUCUCUAUGACUCCGAUAACGAGCCUCUUCUUCCCCAUUCUCAUCGUCUUUCCGCCCUCUCAGGUUCUCCUUAUACCGCAAAUACUUACUCGGAACAUAUGUAUGCGGCCCCCUCCUUUCACAAUACCCCCGUAAGCGAAGAUUCUAUCAUCCCCGCCAUCGUCAUCGAUGUUAUUCCCGCCGAAAGACGUGAUUCUUCUGGCUCAGACAGUAGCCACAACGAUACCAUUCCACAGAAAAGCAAGACAGGUUUAGUCUCAAGACUUGUUAAGAAGAAAAAGGACAAGGGCAAAAAUGGAGAUGAUAAGGAAAAGAAGUUAACGAAAGUAGUUUAUAUGCCGAGGAAAGAGUAUCUAAAACAUUUUGCUCGAGGUCACAGUGGUGAAUACAUGGGCACCGAGCCUCAUCGCCGCUGGUCUGAAGAAGAAUUGGAGCAAACUUUUGGUAAAUUCAGGCCACCGAAAAGAAAUAAUGGAAUGUUCUGGGAACGAGGUUGA